UCUCCCUGUGUCUCCUCCUCGAUGGAAAAAUGGCCACGUUUCUUCGUCGGGGGAUCCGUCUUUUUAGCCACAAAACUCUGCUAACUACGGCUGCUGCAUUAAGCAUUGCACCCAGGCUUAUUGCUUGUCAAUCCUACUUCUCUACAGGUCGAAAACUGUGCAGUGAUGAGGUCGACAAGGCGAAGGCUGCGGGCGGACAACACGGCAAGAAUGCCGAUACCAUUUUUGGCAAAAUAAUAAGGAAAGAGAUCCCUGCUGAUAUUAUAUAUGAAGAUGACAAGGCUAUUGCAUUUCGUGAUGUGAACCCAGUGGCUCCUACACAUAUACUUGUCAUCCCAAGAAAGCCCAUUGCUCAAAUAAGUGAUGYAAAAGAAUCUGAUUCUCCUCUUCUGGGACAUCUUCUUUUUGUUGCAAAAAAGGUAGCUGAAAAUGAAGGCCUUGAUGAUGGAUAUAGACUUGUGAUCAACAAUGGUGUUAAUGGAGCUCAGUCAGUUUACCAUCUCCACAUCCAUGUUCUUGGUGGAAGACAGAUGAGUUGGCCUCCAGGAUGAAAGAAAACAAAAUAAUAACUAUGAUGAUAUAAAAAUAUAGUGAUAUUCUUUGUAGAAACUUGCCAUUUGAUAUCAAAUAAUAAAAAUUCUUAUGACUG